AUGUUGUCGUGUUCGAAUUAUAGUAAUGCUUCAUGCCUUAAUGGAGGUACAUGUAUUUCAGACAAAUGUGCAUGUCCAAAUGAAUGUUUAGGUGGCGAUCGUUGUGAAAUACUUUAUAAUGCAAUUAAUUUACCAUUCUCUACGGCAAUGUUAGAAGAUACCGUUGUCGCACGUAUUGUCUAUAUUAUAUUAAUAACAUUAUUAGUUAUAAUUGGAUUAAUAAAUACUAUUGCUGGUUUGGUGACAUUUACACGUGAAAGUAUUCGAAUUACAGCUUGUGGAAUCUAUUUAAUCAUAUUUUGUUCAAGUACGAUUAUACGUACAAUCUUUCUUCAAACUGUAGUUUUGACUAUUGCAGCAUAUGAUACUCCAUCACUUCGUUUAUGGUCAUGUUAUGCAUAUCCUUAUAUAUCAUUAACAAUGGGUUUUACAGGUAUAUGGGUAAGUGUUGGUAUUGCUAUUGAACGAGUAUUAAUUGAAUGUUUCAACAUGGGUUUAUAUGGUACACGUCGACAUGCAAUACUAGUAUCAAUUGGAUUUUUUAUUUAUGCAGCGAUUUCAAAUUUACCUGCAAUAUUUGCUCGAGAAUAUAAUGUGAGUCCAUCAGGAGAAUCAAUAUGCAUAUAUGAUUAUAUCUCACAUCCAAUAUGGUAUAAAGCUGAUACUAUAUUCUCAUAUAUUCAUGUUAUUAUUCCAUGUAGUGUUCAUUUAAUUUGUUCAGUAUGUAUUCUAACGACAAUUGCUCGACGAAAAAUUCUUAUACAUACAAAUACAAAACCUAAACAACACCUUUAUCUUGUAUGGCUUGAACAAUUAUAUAUUCAUCGAGAUUUUUUAGUUCCACCAAUAUUUCUCAUAACUUGUCUUCUACCAAAUGCAAUUCAUGGUCAUCUUCUUGUUAAAUGUGCUCCAUAUUCAAAUUUAGUACAACUUCGUCUUCAUAUUGUAGUUAUAUUCUUACUUCAUAUACCAUCAGUCUUUGUUUAUAUUGUAUAUAUUUAUCCAAAUGAAUCUUAUAUAAAAGAACUUCGACAAACAUGGUUUUAUCGAAUAUUCUGUUGUUGUUUCUAUCGAAAAUAUAAAAAACAAUUACAACAUCGAUCUCAAUUGACAAUCAAAUCUACUAUUUAA